AUGGAAACCACGUCUACACCGCCUUUGGAUAAUACAACUCCGCCCCAAGCCUCUCAUGGACAUCUCCAUACCGGCCGACGCCUAAGAAAAUUACUCAGGCCGAACGGAAGAAGAGUACACAUCGCUGGUACACCAGAAGAGUAUGUUCAUCUUACGCGUACUCUACCCAACAUUGAGCCAGACGACAACUUCGAUUGCUACCUCCAGGGUUCGACGGAACACCUCGAAGCAGUGAGAGAGAUCCACGCAUUUCAUGAGAAUCGGAGUCAUGAUCUUCGCACUCAACAUGGCUCGAUUUAUGAAGAAUUCGAGCUCGUCAGAUCAGAGCUUGAUACAUUGGCAGACGAACUUCUGCAUCUGAGUAACCAUGGUGUGGCCCUCGACGCCAAUUUCUCGAAAUUCGGCUAUGACGCCCAUAUCAGAACAAAAGAUUCAGACUCUUCCACCAGCUCUCUAAGCGGUGACCUGUCUUCUUCUCAUCGUGACUGGGAAGCCGAGCGGCGGAAAGGCCAGGCUUUGAAGUUCUGGAAAAAACCAAUAGUACGCCAGUAUUGGCACAGAGGCCUUCUCUGGCGAGCGUCCGAAGUCGAAGAGGUAGCUUCUUUCGAGCUUUUCGUCGAUCUGCUUUACGUUGGAAUUAUCUCUGUCAUAGGGGACACUGCCGCAGAGAACGCAACAGGCUUUAACUUGCUCAAGUUCACUGUCACGUUCGCCCUGGCGUUCAAGAUGUGGACCGACCUUACUCUGCUAGUAUCCUGGUUUGAGACAAAUGACAUUUUCCAGCGCAUUCUUGUGCUUUUUCUGAUGAUAUGUCUCUUCGGCUUCACCUUGAACAUCGCCCAGUCUUUUGAGACUACGUGGAUACCACUUAUCGCAUUCUACCUCGCUCAAAGGCUGUUCCACGCCGUCCAUUUUUUGUGGAUUGGAUAUCUAUUGCCAAUGGUGCGAGUAUACAUGAUAAUCAACGCCAUUUGCACUGCUAUUCCUGCUGCAGUCUGGGUCGCCAGCGUUCAAGUCGAAUACCCUGAUCGCUUGGCCUUGGUUUGGAUUGCGAUCGUUUUGGACUUGUUCGGGGUACUAUGCGUAGUAUUUCUCAGGCGGUGGGCCGAAGUAAAACACUCGUCAUGGGUAGCAAAUCAUCCCAAGUAUUUCGAUUUCCUUCCAGCUAUCAACAUUGAGCACAAGACGGAGCGGACCAAUGCAUUCGUCACCUUGGUAUUUGGGUACAGCGUUGUUGCCCUCUUGUUUCAGAACAAAGCCGCUUAUGGAAUCAAUGCAUUCUUCGGUAAAGCUGUCUUAGGCCUAAUUCAGGCCUUCAGCUUCAAUUGGCUAUAUUUCGAGAUUGAUUCGUGGAACCUACACACACAUGCCAUCCGCCGGCACUUCAUGACUUCCAUUAUUUGGACUACAAUUCAUUUUCCAUUCAUCAUGGCCUAUGUCCUGGCUGGGGCAUCUCUGUCCCGGCUGGUAUUGGCGACCGACUGUCAUGAUGCCAAUGUUGAUGACUUGACAGACGCAUAUACUGCUAGCUCUAAGUCAGAGUUAUCAUCUGGGUUACGAUGGUUUUACUGUGCAGGCCUGGGGGUUGCUUUACUUUCCAUGAGCAUCAUAUCCUUAUGCCACGUCCAUAAAGAAUUUGACGGCGAGCGUAUUGGGAAGCGUUACCGGAUCUCCCUACGAGUCUCUGUGGCUAUCAUUCUCAUCUUCCUACCACUAGCCGACUCUCUUAGCUCGCUGAAACUAGUAUCUAUCACAACUGGGUUAAUAGUGCUCACGUUGAUGAUUGAUGUUUAUGGAUCAACGUCAAUACAUGAUGAUUUCUGGAAGUGCACGACACAAUGCAGGUACCGCGCAAAUUGCCACAUUAAGAAGAAGUUGGCCAUGGACGCAGUCAAAAAGGGGGCGACCAUCAGAUUGGAUGAGGUUCGACUUGAAAUAGGUCGUGAAAAAGCCUACUAUGAUCAAGUCUGA